AUGCCUCCUACAAGAGCUUCAAACCCCGGGGAAGGUGAACUACCAUCGGAUAUCGAGAAGCAGGUCGAGCCCAUCGACGCUGCUCAGGAUGGGCCUUCGGGAAGCGACAAGGAUGAUCGAUCAGGAUCAACUGACCACGCCUCGACCGAUGACGACGAUAACGAUUGGGCAGUACCGCCGGAGCCAGAGUUCCUGAACACGGAGGCUGGCGGAGUUACUGGAGCAUUGAGUCGGGUGCUGAGCCGGAUCUCCACGAACGCCAGCUGGAAUCCGGGUCCACCUCCGGAUGGGGGCCGAGAGGCGUGGGUAUGCGCGCUCUGCGGACAUCUUGUCAUCAUGAACACGUGGGGUUUUAUCAACAGCUUCGGCGUUUUUCAGACGUAUUACACGUCGCUCCUCGACAAAUCGCCAUCCGAUAUUUCAUGGAUCGGCUCGAUUCAGGUCUUUCUGACAUUCUUCCUGGGGACAUUCACAGGUCGCUUCACCGAUGCUGGCUUCUUUCGACCGGUACUCCUUCUCGGCACUGUAUUCGUCACGAUCGGCAUCUUCACCACCUCCGCUGCCACUCAGUACUGGCAGUUGAUCUUGUCACAGGGCUUGUGCAUGGGUGUCGGAAACGGGUGUCUCUUUGCUCCAACCGUCUCGGUCGUCUCGACGUAUUUUGAGAAGAAGCGCUCAUUGGCCAUUGGUCUUACCGCCUGUGGCUCCGUGACUGGCGGUCUGGUCUUCCCAGCCAUGGCUCGUCAAUUGCUUCCCUCUGUCGGCUUCGGCUGGGCUGUCCGCGCCAUCGGUUUCGUGCAACUUGCGACGCUUCUGUGCGCCAAUGUCUUCAUGAAAUCGCGAGUUCCGCCAAGGAGAACGGGUAGUCUAGUCGAGUGGAACGCAUUCAAGGAGCCUGAGUAUACCUUUUACGCGCUAGGCAUGUUCUUCAAUUUCUGGGCCGUCUAUUUCGGCUUCUAUUACAUCUCGUCGUUCAGUCGUGAUGCCAUUACUUCUGGGUUUGCGUACACCGAUUCGUUGAACCUACUACUGCUCCUGAAUGGCAUAGGCGUGCUAGGUCGCAUUCUGCCUAAUCACAUCGCCGAUACUGUAGGGCCGCUGAACAUGAUGAUUCCCGCGUGUCUCAUCACCGGUAUCGCCCUGCUUUCCUGGAUGUCCGUACAGACCCCGGGCCAGCUGUACGCUUGGACAGUGUUCUAUGGCAUCGCGGCAGGUGGAAUCCAGUCGCUCUUCCCGGCCGGGCUUUCAAGCCUUACCACCGAUCUUAGGAAGCGCGGCACCCGCAUGGGCAUGACCUUCACCAUCGUGAGUUUUGCUGUGCUGACUGGCAAUCCCAUCGCAGGAGCUAUCAUCACGGCCGAAGGCGGCAAGUAUUGGGGUGCUCAGGUUUUUACCGGUAUCAGUGUCCUAAUAGGCAUGUGCUUGAUUGGGGCGGCGAGAUUAGCGAGACAACGGAAAACGAAGAGCGGGUGGCGGAUGAAGAUUUGA